AUGGGUCAGGGCGGAGCCGGGGAGGUGGAACGAGCUUCGGGUGCGAGCGAUUUGGAAAUGAUGGAGGAGCAGUUGGUGGUGGUCGUCGUCGUUGUCGUGCGGUCGCAGGACGUGGCCGUGGCCUCGAGCCCCUCGACGGAGGCGGCCGCGGCAGAGUCGCCGGCGAGGGCGUGGAUGGGGACGUCAGGGCCUGAUGUCGGCGAGGGCGUGGAUGGGGACGUCAGGGCCUGA